CUUCGCCUUAAUUUCACAGCGUGGCUGACCAAAGCAUUGGAUGCAUGGCAUGCAACGCAGCUCUCACACUAUGGCGGAAAGUAUUCCAUCGAGCGCAUGCUAGCACUGGAGGAGUACAGUCAAACGACGUGUUUGACUCGUAUCCUCCUCGUGAUACUUAGCCUUCCGUCUGCUGUGUUUGUUGUGGCGAUUUGCCAAGAAUCCGUUCCGCUUCAAGAUCCGAGAGAAGGUUGGCAAGCAAACUAUGGCUUCUGGGUCCGUGUGAGCUUUAUUGGUAUCGCUGCUUCGUACGCCGUGUCGACACAAAUGGGUCCUUUGUUGGACGCCCCUCCCCUCUCUUUGAAGCAGAAGAUUGCGUUCUGCAUCGGUUCUGGUGUCGCUUACGUCGCUAUGGGAAUGUUUCUGACUGCAGUAUCGGUGCUCCCAGAGCCAUUCUUCAUCUUGUCACUGUCGGUGAUGGCAGGGCUUGUGCUAGCGGUAAUCUUGCGUCUCGUGCUGGACACUGAAGCUCGGGGGUGCAUGCGUGAGAAAUGGCUGCAAUUCUACAAAAUUACAGUGAUGAAUGGAGCCAUGUGUGCUGGCUACCCGCUCUACCAAGUGCUGUUCACCAAGGCGAACAACGAAUUACCCGUGCUGCUGAUGCUG